GAUCCACACCCUUCAAUCAUCUGUCACUAAGCUCAUGGUUAGUGGCUAUAUAACUCAAAACAGUGUGGAUUUGAGAAUAGUACAUCUUGUGCUCUUUUUCUAUUUAACUUUGCUUGAUAUCCUCGAAUAAAGGCAUCAUUCAUCGCAGCAUGCCAUACGUCCUUUACAUCUCCAAUCAUUGAAGAAUUUCUUAUCCAGACGCUCCCACUUGAGCAUUCGUGCUACUAGCAGCCAUGAGCUUGAUAGCUAGAAAGUCUAAUAUCCAGGGUGAUAUCUGGCCUGGCUUGCCCAAAAGAAUUCAAAAAUUUAUGUUCUUUAAGAUCAAUAAAGCAGAUGACUUCAAACAGCGGCUCAGAUCUUUUGUCAAAGAUGGCGGAAUUACGAGCGCCAAAGAUGCAUGUGAUAUGAAGAACAAAAUCCUUGCAGCAAAACUUCAAGCACAACAAUCAGGUCGACCAGCCAAGAUUCAGUCUCUGCCAGGUGUUAAUAUCGCUUUCACCUCAACAGGUUUGGCCGCUAUGGGUAAAUUCACUUUUAAUGAGGGAGCUGUAAAGAAGGAUAAAGAAUUGGCCAAGAUUUUUAGAAAGAACCAGCUUAGAGGUGGCUUGUUCGGAAAAGGCAUGUACGAUGACCUUGUGAACGAGGGCUGGGAUGAUCCGCAUGAGAUUCGAGACCACUACAAGCCAUCUCCAAACCGCUUGAUUGAUGGAGUAUUUCUAGUCACAGCCGAAGAGGAGAAUCACUUGAAUUCCAUGGGGAAUGAGAUUAAAGAGCAUUUUCUCAAGGAACAGGGAUUCGGUGAUGCCGAUACAUAUUUAAUUAGCAACGACCCAGCAAUUGAGUUCACCUUCACCAGGGAAGGCCGGACUCGCCCAGAUAAAGGCAAAGAGCAUUUCGGCUUCGAGGAUGGAAUCAGUCAGCCCUUAAUUGAAGGCUUAGAUGAGGUGACACCCAAGGACAAAGAGCCCAAGUCCGUGAAAUCAGGAUUGAUCUUUGCAGGGCACGAGGGUGAUGAUAUGAAGCAGCCAGAUUGGGCGGAAGAUGGGAGCUUCCUAGUUUUUCGGGAUCUCCAACAGCUUGUCCCUGAGUUUGACAAAUGGUUAGAAGAUAACAAACAUAACGCACCGUUCAUAGGAGAAUCUGAUAAUCCCAAAGAGAAGCUUGCUGCGUACCUAAUGGGUCGAUGGAAAAAUGGAACACCUGUGGAUGAGAGUCCUCAUGAUGACAAAGAUGAGAGCCUUUUCCAUUCUAACAACUUUGACUUCCAUCCCGUUCAAGAACACAAAAAAUGUCCUUUCGCAGCACAUAUCCGAAAAAUGCGACCUCGUGGAGACCUGGACCACGACCAUGCCGUCAUCAUACGCCGCGGUAUCUCUUAUGGAGGUGAAGUAACACCCGAAGAGAAAGCUGUACAGAGAUCUGAUGACGAGAACGAACGUGGACUUCUUUUCGUGUGUUAUCAGAGCGACAUUCGAAAUGGUUUCAACUUCUUAACUACUCGCUGGGCAAGCAACCACCACUUCCCAGACCGCAAGGACAAUUUCGUUGGUGAGCAUGGUCCAGGAAUUGAUGCUAUUGUUGGCCAGCGACUCGAUCAUCACCCACCUCGUUCUAUUGGGCUUCCAGAUGGUAAAAAGCCUACAGAAGCACGUCUUGAACUUGAAAGAUGGGUGGUUCAACGGGGCGGUGAAUAUUUCUUUUCGCCGGGAAUUAAAGCACUCGAGGGUUAUCUGACCGAUGCUCCUGAUUAUCCACCAUCGCUUACGGCUCCAUGAUUGAAUCGGGAAGCGUUUUCCACGGUAUAAUUCUGUAGGGUUCACAUUUCUAGAUAGUGUGUUUACAUGGCAUGGCGUCUUUGGGAAAUUGAAGGAAAUAUGAGCAAUUUGAUGUCAAGUCUUAAACCAAUAUAUUAAUGUGUCUUUCGUUAAGAAAGUGAUUUGGUUUUGAUAGUCGACCAAUAAGAUUUGAAUAUCGAAUUCUACCUGUCUGAAAUUCA